AUGACACGAGAUUCUGUGCCCACAGCUUCGGAAUACACUGACCUAGGGUCUCCUGAUCCACUGGCUGAUUCUCCUCCCGAAGACAGCACAGUCAUGACCAUCACCAGAAGUCGAAGCAAGAGCCGUACGACUGCAGAUGGAGAGGCACUAUACGACCGGCGCAGCAAGAGCGCUGAAGUCAACCUUUCACCCUCGAAAAUGGUGUUCGAGCAGAACAUGAGCCCACUGCGUAUCAAAGUAACUGUCGAAGCUGAGAGUGAGGAUGCUGCCGGGCAAAAUGCCGGAAGUCGACGCAGGCAGACUAUUACCAGGACUAUGAAGGUACCCCUGAAAGACGCAAGUUCUCCCACGAAGAGCGACAAAUCCACGACGCGAUCGCGACCGAGAAAAAGUAGUGGUAGUGGAGGAGCACGAGGACGCAGACGAAGGAGUAUCACGAACCUCGAUGUCGACGCAGUCACAAAUGAUGCGAACGAUGAAGAUUGGACUGCGAAAUUACCAAGGAAAAGAGGUACUAGCACGAAAAGAACAACGCAUUCGUCAAGGAAAUCUAGCUCAAAUGUCAAUGAUUUUCGAGUCAGAGAAGACGAAAGUAGUGUUUCAGCAGGACACGAGGAAGACGAACAAUUGGCAAUAGAUGCUUCGCCGACGAUGGAAGAAGUCGACCUCAAUUCAGUGUCAACACGCCCGGACUUGACGAUCGCCAAGCACAAAGACCAUCUUAAAAAUAACAAGCAGGUGCAAGGCAAUCGCAAGGUGUCUGUCAAUAGUGCAGCAAGCUAUCCUACACCGUCACCCACGGCGUCUGAUCAUCGUCCUUCCGACAAUUUGCUAGACGAAGGAGAUCAUCUAGCUCCGGCUGGGCUAGAUACAGUCAUGGAAAGCGAGGCGUUUACAAUGAUCGACUUGGACACCCUUCCCUCUGUCAGACAUAUGAAGAAUACACCAGAUUACCCCACAAUACCUGCGCUGAUUGAUGAGGAGAAUGAAGAGAACCAGGGAGACCUAGUGAGAGGCGUGCAACACUCGAACCCUGAGGAAGUCGAAGCUCCCUCUAUUGCAGUCACUCAAGAUGAGACGGACUUUUCAGGUAACCUCUCAAGCUCACCACUGAGCACUACCCAAGGCCAGAAGCCAAAGCCAUACUCGAUCGCACAUCUACAGCUACCUUCGAGUACAAACGUCCAGCGCCAUCGCCUUGUCACACCCAUGCCUGUCUCUCAAAACCCGUUUUCUUCACCAAAGCUGCCUUCACCACCUCGAGCACCAAUAUCAGAGUCGAAAGAUCGACCAUUAAUACACUCGGAUGAUGCUGUUCAAGCUACAAACACCCUCCAUCAUGCAGUAACGCCAGAGAAGGACAUUAACAAUGAGAAGAACGAUAUUUAUGAAGAAGCGCUCUUUGGUGGCUUCUCGCGUGAUACGAGACGUGAAUUGAGAGCUGAAUUAAGGUUUGGUGAGGAGCUAGGGAAGCGACAGGUACGGGCGGCUGAAGACGCUUUUGAGGCCACACAAGCCGAGCUCGAGGAGGAAAGACGUCAAGACCGUUUGGAGAACAUCGAGCAGGCUAAGCAGACUGAGGCAGUCAUUGUUAUGGAUGAUGACUGUCCCACUGGCGAGCAUGCUGAUGACUCGGAUGGCGUAGAAGAUACAAUGGGUGAUAUAUGGCUAGCUGAGGCUAAGAAGCCCUCUUCAAGCCCGAAGGAGUUGACGGACCAUGCGCGGAAAGCGGAAAAGCCAAUUGAGCUACCAAAACGAAGGUUGAUACCAAGCCCUUGGAAACGUGGUCAACAGAUUGAGGAGUCAUAUCAAUCUGCCGAUGAGAGCAUUACCGGUCUUUUCUGGAAGCACACCGCAAACAACACAGGAAAGCGAGUUUCGUCGUCCGAUCGCAGACGAAGUGGCAUGUACGACGCCGAGCAUAUGGUCAUUAGAACCCCUCGAAGGCUGACCGAGCGUGAAGAACCAGAUAACGAGGAUCAAGAUCUCGAGGACGAGAACUUUGAUGUGGCCAGGGGCAACCUUCAAUGGCGGACUGCCGCAGAUGUAGUCGAAGAAGAAACAAAUGAGCUCGAGGCAGGGCAGCAGUCUAGUGACCCAAUAUUGGAAGAGCCCCAUGCUGAGGUUGGAACGACCAAGCUCUAUGAAACUAACCUGGACGAUGUUCCCGAACAGGAUCUUUUGUCUCCUUCGCAGGGUCAGAGCGAUGGAAAGCAGCAACAACAGGACUAUCUAUACGAGCAUGACUCAACGUACUCUUCUAUCUCGGACCAUGACAGUCCGGAACCGUACAGACAGCGAACCUCACUUCCCAAUUCCAAAGAAAGGCCCCAUACGCCCCGAUCGGCACUCAAGGGUGGCAGAGGAAGUUUCGGUCAAGCUAUUCGCUUUGGCAACGGCAACGGCAACGGCAACGGCAACGAGGACACCAAUAUGCGCAAAGUCGUGUGGGCGAAGCGGUCUAGCUGCAUGAAUGAACAAUGGGAGGAGAGCACGACCAGUGUGAGAUCGAGCCAAACGACUAACGACGAUGAAACACCUACGCCAAGGCCUGGAUUGCAACUAGAAGCUAGUUUUCAGGUCGACCCGCAACCACCGAUCGCAGCACAAGCUGAAGAUCGAGGGUGGUUUGGGUGGUUCUCGAAGAGCGAUCAAGCACCUAUAGGACAAUCGAAUGGAACCAAGCCCGAGCAAAACAUACAAGUGCAGCAUGCACCACCCUUCUCUGCUUUGGAUGGCUCCAGCGAUGAGUCAAGUUUCGUUCCCACAUCGCGGCAUACAUCCAUUGAAUUCAGCGUGAAAGACAUUCGAACGCAGAAUCAGAAAGUCGACUUCCAGCCCAUCAAAAAUCACGACGGUCACCUGUCGAGAAAAUCAGCCUCGCCGUCAUCGUCAGAAACGUCCACCAAGACUACAUCUUAUCUUCUUGCACCUUCCUAUCCGUCAGACCCAUCCAGAGACGCGUCGAUACCGAUGAACACAUCUGGAGACUUCACAGACACGCAUUUUCGCACUCUCCAGAUAAUAUCUCGCAAAUCGAAACGAGCACGCUUUCAUGCGCCAGAAUUCCCAGGCGAGAUACGCCCAGGGAUUCUGGAAUUAGUAGGCGAGGAGAAUUGGAAGCUCAAAAUCGAUGAGUCUCCUACAAUGGGCGAGGAUGGGCUGUUUGAGUUUGCAAUUGGUGCUACUGAGGCAAGAGUACUCGAGAGAUUCAUGAGGGAAGUCGAGCAUGGCUAUGGACAGGAAGAGGUGGAGUGGGGAUGGAGUAUUGCGUAUCUGGCAGAGAAGCUCGGCAGGCUUGUUGUGGGAGAGAUUGUUAGACGGGAGGAGAAAGAGGCUGCAAGGAUUAUGGAUGCGGUCAAAGGCUUAAGGGCGUAG